GAGGACCGGAUAUGACGUAUUGGCGCUACUUUUAUUAUGAAAUUAGUUUUGAAUAUGUUUGAAGCUUCAGGCAUGGCUUCAGAGAGCUCUUUAGGAUCAUGCUCCGGAUCUGAGGAGGAUUUCGUUCCAUCAAAGCUCGGCACAAAAGAAUACUGGGAUAACGCUUACAGCAGGGAACUCCAGACUUACAAAGACAUCGGGGAUGUUGGAGAAAUAUGGUUUGGUGAAGAAAGUAUGAACCGUGUAAUCCGGUGGUUGGAGAAACAGAAUACACCCGAAAAUGCUGCGAUACUGGACAUUGGCACUGGAAACGGUGUUUUCCUUGUUGAGCUGGCCAAACAUGGUUUUAUGAAUCUUACCGGAAUAGAUUAUUCCAGUGCUUCAAUUGAGCUUGCAACAAAAGUUCUGGCAGAAGAGGGAUUAACAAACAUUAAAGUUCAGGAGCAGGAUUUUCUGAACCCUAGCCCAGAGCUGAAAGGGUUUGACUUGUGUAUAGACAAAGGCACUUUUGAUGCCAUCAGCUUGAACUCUGAAAACAGAGAAAUGGCAAAACUCCAGUACGUGUCUUCAUUGAGAGCAGCUCUGCAGCCACAGGGGCAUUUCGUCAUCACCUCCUGUAACUGGACUAAAGAACAGCUGCUGCAGAGGUUCUCAAUGGGGCUUGAGUUGCUCCAAGAGCUGCCAACUCCACGUUUCCAGUUUGGCGGUGUGACCGGGAACAGCGUUACAGCGUUGGUCUUCAAAAGACUUAGUUAACAUCAAAGUUUGUUUUAAUGUGGCUUUGGAAGUCAUUUGUAAAUUUGUAAAUGCCCCAGUGUCUUUUCUUCUGUUCUAACAAUUAAAAAAAAAACUUUAAA